AUGUCUUGGCAUGACGGCCUCAAAUGCAUCUUCAGUGUCCAGGCGCUGCUUCUCAACCCACACAAGGAGCACCUACAGUUGCCUGAUACCACAGGACAUUCCACUACCAGAGUAUAUGCUCUGGGGGCCUGUGCAGCCCAGGCCGGUGCAAGCCCUUCGGAGGGGCUGCUGGACCCCGAGUACCCCCGCAUGCAUGCGGCCCUGCUGAAGGUGGCGCAGGUGGUCACCCUGCUGAUUGCCUUCGUCCGCAUCCGGAGCUCUCUGGUGAUCGACUACAGCGCCUUCAGCUACUUCGAAGUGGUCACCAUUUGCAACUUGAUCAUGAUCCUUGCCUUUUACCUGGUCCACCUUUUCGCCUUCUACGGUGUGCUCACCUGGACCAGCUGGACCCUGUCGGAGCUCCUACACUAUUUAAUUGGCACCCUGCUCCUGCUGGUCGCCUCUGUCAUGGCAGCCUUCAAGAGCUACAACCUGAGUGAACUGGUCGCAGGAGCGGUCUUUGGUUUCAUAACCACCUUCCUCUGCAUGGCAAGCAUAUGGCUGUCCUACAAGGUCUCAUGUGUGACCCAGUCCACAGACGCAGCCGUCUGA